GGAAUAAAAAUAUAUUAGAAGGAGGCAAAUUGUGUACAGAAGAAGAGGAAUGGAAAGAAAGAGGGAGACAAAACAAGAGGAAAGAAGGGAGUAAAAAUAUGCCAGAAAGAGCUGAUGGAAUCGAGAAGAAGAGGAAUAGGGUUGAAAUUAACAGAAGAAAGAAGAAAGAGGGGAGACAAAAUAAGAGGAAAAAAAGUGAAGAGAGUAAAAAUAUGUUAGAAGGAG